AUGGAUUCGCAAGUGAGCGUCACGAUGCAUCCACGAGACCUCCUCCGAGAAGUCGCCCUCUCGAUGAAUAGACAUCACAAUGAUCUUUCAGUCACUAUUCCUAUUCGCACUACGUGGCGGGCGGCUAUCCAAGCCGCCGAAGCCGCUCUGGGGGACAUCGACGAACCGCUCAUAGCCAUGCCUCCAGGAACUGGAAGCCGUCGACAACUUCGAGAAAUGGCCCUACAGUCAACGCCGUCGGAUUUUCCAUUGGAACGUGGCCUUGGGCUACCGAUCCGAUCGAAUGUUGACAUCCAAACGCUUCAACCUCAUCCGCCCCCGACGGAAUCAGCUCGUAAACGUCUACGCGAGAUGGCUCGUGAGGCCGCUCAAGAGGACUUCCGACAGCCGUACAUCUCACUUGAGGCGGGAUUACUCGACAGAUAUAUUCCUACUGUCCGUGGAACUUGUCUUACAGGGUCUUGA